AUUCUGUUUGAAAUUUUGUAUUUUUCAAUUUCAUGUUUUAUUCCUUUUGAACAGACUUUGUAUCCCCAAUUUAAUUUCAUACAAGUGCACAGGUGUUCUACAGAGCUCUGCUAAUGAACAAUCAUUUGCUGUGCUGAACCAAGGACCGAACUAAAAGUAGCAGGAUCCUGGCCCUUGACGACUUACCUUAGACACCACUGCCAUAGUGCAAGACAACAAAAAAGUAAAAAUGUUCAAAAUUUCUAGAAAAUGUGAUAUUCCAAAUAUCCAACAACAAAGACUGUGGUACUUCAGAAAUUGUGAAUUAUACAUUUGGUUUUCCUUUGUUGCAUAUGAAAAGUUUAUUUGUUUAGUUUAUUAGCUAUAAUGUUUUUUUAAUUACAUUGUAUUUUGGAAAAUUAUGCCUUUCGUCAAAAGAAAUCUGUAGAUUACCACUACAGUAGUGUAUAAUCUUAUAUAUAUUUAAACAUGUUUUAUAAUAAUAUAAAUCCCCCGUGGAGCUGAGAGACUACGAUCCUGAAACCAACUUCAUGUACUGCCCUGUGCAAUGCUUCGUAAUGUCCGCUGUGAGACGAGGAGACUGUGCUAUGUAGUUCAGAUUUUGAAAAUGAGUUCUCCGUAUUUCAUGCAAAGCAGCGCUGUUCUCACCCGGAGCAGCAGUCACGGUGCGGGCGGUGGAUCCGCGGCCUCUUUGAGGUCCAAACUCAGCAGCAGACAGGGGGAUGUGGACGCCGUUCCUGCACGGAAGGUGAAGGUGGAGGCGGAGGAGGCGACAGUGUCCGAAGAGAAGCCCUCUUUGACCCCUUCAUCCAGCGACGGCUGCCAGGAACGCCUCCGGUCUAUCACAGAGAUUGAAGUGUCAUCGCUGCUUCCUCGCGGUCGCAGGAGGAGACAGGUUAAGGUGGAGUAUGACGGAGACGAUGGCGCCUCCCGGGUAAAGACGGAGCACUGGGAGCCUCCGGACUGGAUGAAACAGUUGGGUUUCAUCCGUGAAAUGAGGAGCUGUCGAGACGCCCCAGUGGACAACAUGGGAGCUGAGAAAUGCUACGACACACAAGCCCCCGCACAUGUGAGGCGUUUCCAGGUGUUGGUGUCGCUCAUGCUGUCCAGCCAGACAAAGGACCAGGUGACGGGCGCAGCGAUGCAGAGACUUCGGGCGCAUGGCUGCACUGCAGAGAAUAUAGUCGCCACCGACGACAAAAAGCUGGGAGAGCUCAUCUAUCCCGUCGGCUUCUGGAGGAACAAGGUAAAGUUUCUGAAGCAGACGUCGGCCAUGCUGGUGACGGAGUUCGGGGGAGAUAUCCCGAACAGCGUGGAGGGUCUGGUUCGCCUGCCGGGAGUCGGACCUAAGAUGGCCCACCUGGCUAUGGACAUCGCCUGGGACCAAGUGUCUGGCAUAGGAGUGGACACACACGUGCAUCGCAUCUCCAACAGGUUGGGCUGGCUCAAGAAACCAACCAAGAACCCAGAAGACACACGCAAGGCCCUGGAGGAGUGGUUGCCAAGGGAGUUGUGGAGCGAGAUCAACUGGCUGCUGGUUGGUUUUGGACAGCAGGUUUGUCUUCCAGUUAGCCCGCUCUGCUCCGUGUGUCUGAACCAGUACAGCUGUCCAUCUGCACACAAAAGUUCUCCCGCAAAAAGACCCAAACCCGGAUCACCACGCUCUCCAGGUCCAUCGCGCAAAUUUAAGGUCAAAUCUGAACAGGAAAGUGAUGCCAGAAGUAAAUCGGCAGCAAACCUGAAGCCACCAGACUAAGAAGGAUUGUAAAAAAACAAACAAACACUGAACUGCUGAUUUAUGAUGUUGGCCAGAAAAAAAAACACGAUAUGUUUCAUAAUUAAACACAUGCAGUGAUUGAUAGGAAUAUUUUUGUACUGUUUUAUUUUUUCAACUCAAAUAAAUAAAGUAAGAACUGAA